AUGCAGUUCUCCUACCAAAUGAUCACUACCUUCAUGGCCUUUGUGCUAUUCAACUCGGCCACUGCUGCCCCUGCCGUCGAUGCUGUCGAUGCCGUUGAUGAGGUCAAUGCCGCUGCUAACGGCAGGGCGACGUGGGCUGACCCCCAAGACUGCCACCGCUUCUUCGAAUGCCCCGCCGGCGAAAAGCCCGUUCUGAAGACCUGUGGUCCUGGAACUGCCUUCCAGGCGAGCACCGGUGUUUGUGAUUACGAGUACAACGUUGCCAGCUGCUGGCACCACUAG